AUGGACUUUGAUAAGUUGUCUGAAGAAGAUUAAACAAACUCAGGUGUUGUGGCUCCUAAUUUAAACGAUACUGCAUCUACUAUCCCUAGUUAAUCCACAGAACCUUAACAUUAAGCUUUACACGAUGGUGGAAUAGGAGGAAUUCAGUAGCCUUUAAACGCAAAGGUCUCUUAAGCUACCUCUCAAGUUGGUGAUAUAGCAUAAGGUGAUACUCAAAAAACCCCUUCCUCUUCUCAAUAAUAAAAUUCAGAUCCAAAUAAUUUGAAAAACGAAUAAGAAAAUAAAUAAGAAAACAGUGAAAAAGCUAAAUUGGAACCGAGCUAGUUAGUUGUUUAAAUCUAAAAUAAUCAAAAUUAAUAAUAAACACAAAUAAUGAGGCAUGGUGAAUUAACAAUUCAAAAUUAACUUGAAGUAUAGUCAGUUAUAAGUGCAAUAGUAAAUAAAUAUGACAAGUUUUCAGUAUACCAGGAUCAGCUUAAUACCAUUUUGAAGUUUAGCCCUAAACCUUCUGCCACUGAUGAAGACUAAGAUAGCUAAAAAAAGUAUGUAGAGAAUGUUAAGAAAUUAAAACAAAUUGUUUGCAACCUUUUGGACUUCCCUUUGUAGUAUAAUAAACUUCAAAAUUCUUUUACAGAUACUACAAAAGACUUCAAUAAAAUACAUUCGCAUUUAUGUAGCCAUAUUAAUAAUUUAAUCAAACUCACUUAUAAUAUCAAUCAAGAUAAUCUUGGAAGUAAUUACAAACAAUUGGAGGUAAUUUAAUAAAAGUUAGAUGCUUGUAAGUCUGAUGGCGAAAACCUACAAUAAACUUUGUAUAAAUUGGAAAAAGUUAACGAUUCCAUUUUAGAACAUUUUUCUACAUUCUUUGGUUAAUAAAUGAGUGAUUCUUAAGACAACUUAUUUUCUUUAAAAGAAGAUUUAAAGAAGGAAAUUCAAAAAAGAGACAAAGAACAAUAUGAUGCAUCAUAAAAGUUUUAAGAAGCCAGUUUGCUAAUUACCUAGAAAAAUUCUAUGAUUUCGACACAUUAGACAAGAUAGAAGCUUUUGAAUUCAGAUAUUUAGUAAAUUGAAUCUAAAAUAAAAAAACUAGAAGCUGAUAAAAACAAAUAAGUUGAGGACUUAGAGGCUCGAAAAGAUAAAUACCUGAAAUAACUUGAAGAAGAAAAAGCUAAAUUGAUCAGAGAAAAAUCGGCUUUCUGGGAUAAAAAAAAUAGCAGUUAAGAAGCUAGAUUAAGUUAAUAUUCCCAAUCAAUCAAUAGCUUGAAUUCAAAAUAUCCACUUGGUAAGAUGUGCUCUAUUGUAGAAAAGAAAUACUUUCAUUAUUACUUCAUCUAAGAUGAAAGUGGUAGCUUUUCAAAUGAUCACUAGUAUGCUAUUUAGGGAGUCGCUUAACUAUUUAAUAGAAUAAAACCUAACGACUAUAUCACUUAUAUUAAGUUUGAUAGUUCAUCUCAUGUCGAUAUACCAAAAACCCUAAAAAGUAGUUUAUCUUAAGGGGAUUUUAUAAGCAAAAUUUAGAAGUGCAGAGGCGGAGGAACUAACUUUUAGUCAGCAUUCCAAACUCUGCUAUAAUAAAUCUAAUCUAAAUAUGAUUAAUAAGAAUACCCAGUAGUUAUAUUUAUCACAGAUGGACAAGAUAACACAGAUUUGGAUUCUAUUAUAUCAUAAAUUACUAGCUUAUGUUAAGAUAUUGUAUUUUACACUAUAGGAUAUGGUAGUGUUAAUGAAAAAUAUUUAAAGAAUAUUACAAAUAAAUUUAAUAAUACUGUUGGCGAAAAAAAAGAAAUUAAUGGUAAACCAGUGGACCUGUUUUAUGUAAAAAAUACUCCUAAUGAUCUAGUUUAAAGUUUGUCUUCAAUAUCAUAGUAGCAAUCCUCAAUAUCAAUAGAAGACAUAAAGAAAGCACAAUAGUUUUUAAAAGAAUCUUUUGAAUAAAUGACGAAAACGGCUGAGGAAUACUACUCAAAAACAGAAGAUUCAUAUGAUAAAAAGAUAGGUUUAAUCACAAGUUAAAUUUAUGAAUUAUAAAACAAAGAUAUAAGUUCAGCGUAAUAACUAACAGAAUCCGUGUAAAAAGAUAUUUUAAAACAAAAUUAACUUAAGAAUUAGUAGAUAGAAUAAGUCAGCAAUGAAAAUACUCAAAUAGAAAAUUUGAGAUAAGAAAUUAGAUGCGCAAAGCAAACUUUCCUAAGAAAUAUUGGGUAAUAAGAUACUGGGAAAAUUGAUGAUACAGAUAUAGAAGAAGAGCUCAACAAAAAUUUAAAGCUUAUCUAAGAUAAGUAUUAAAAGGAAAUUCAUGCUAUUGAAGAAAAAAUUAAAAAUGCAAUUAAAAAAAUCGAAGAAGAUUAAUAAAAACAGGAAAAUACUAUAAUCGGAUUUGGUUUUUAAAAUUAUCCACAUUUUAAAAAAUUUAAUGAUUCUUAAAAUGCUGUCAAAGAAGCAUAGAUUUAUUACAUUAAUCUUAUUUAAGAUUUAAUGAGUUUAGUCAAGUAGUUAUAAUUCCAAAACAAUUCUUUUAACGAAGCGAUAGAGAAUUCUCAAACUUAUUUAGAAGAAUCAAAUAAAUUCGAUAAUUAGUAUCAUGUGUUUACAUAAUUCAAAUAAAUAGAUGAAACCAUAGACCCUGAAGAUUCUUUUAAUUCUACUAAAAAGGUUAUAUUUAUAAUAAAUAAUUCUAUCCAAUAAAAGUGUUAAGAUGAUAAAGAAUUAUUAGCUUUUUACGAUCAUGUAAUCAGAUCUAUUAGAUUUAAUUACAUCAUUUAAAACUAUGUUGAUAAAAAGAAAGAAGAAUAAGCUUAAUACAUAAAAAAUGAAGUUAUCCCUGAUAUUAUAAAAACAGUACCUAAACAGCUAAGCAAGCUUGAGACUAGAAAAAAAGGUUUUGACCUAAAAAUAUCUAAAAAAGAAAAGGAGAUUAGAAAUUUAAGAUCAGAUUUGAAGGAUGAAGUAGACAGUUAAAAAAAAAAGGAAAUUCAAGAAGAAAUCAAGACUUGUGAAGAAGUUUUGAAGGAAUUAAAUAAAGAUUUAAAUGAACUUUUAACGGAAUUAGAAGAACUCUAAUCAGAAUUUGAAACAGAAAAUUUAGAAAAAAUAAAUAUUAUUAAAGAUGUUGUGUUUGCCUUGAUACAAGCCGUUACUUUUGCUUUAUUCAAAAAGAAAUUUUAAAUGGCUUAAGCCCCUUUUUAUUAGUUGUUGAAUGGAGGUUAGAGUUUUAUUAAAGCACUUAGUUAGUACUAACCUCUUGCAAUAUCAAAUUGA